AUGAGGCCGAGCCCUAAGGAGCCGGAGCUGAGCUGCGAGGAGCCCCCGCUGUGCUCCCAGCAGGCUCCCAAGGAGGCCCAGAGCCAGGCGGGCGCAGCAAAAAAAGGGAAAGGAGAAACAACAAAAAAAGGGAAAGGAGAAACAACCAAAAAAAGGGAAAGGAGAAACAACAAAAAAAAAGGGAAAGGAGAAACAACCAAAAAAAGGGAAAGGAGAAACAACCAAAAAAGGGAAAGGAGAAACAACAAAAAAAAGGGAAAGGAGAAACAACAAAAAAAGGGAGAGGAGAAACAACAAAAAAAUGGAAAGGAGAAACAACAAAAAAAGGGAAAGGAGAAACAACAAAAAAAGGGAAAGGAGAAACAACAAAAAAAAGGGAAAGGAGAAACAACCAAAAAAAGGGAAAGGAGAAACAACAAAAAAAGGAAAGAAAAAACAACAAAAAAGGGAAAGGAAAAAAGAAAAAAGGGAAAGGAGAAACAACCAAAGAAAGGGAAAGGAGAAACAACCAAAAAAAGGGAAAGGAGAAACAACCAAAAAAAGGGAAAGGAGAAACAACAAAAAAAGGAAAGGAAAAAGAACAAAAAAGGGAAAGGAAAAAAGAAAAAAAGGGAAAGGAGAAACAACAAAAAAAAGGGAAAGGAGAAACAACAAAAAAAAGGGAAAGGAGAAACAACAAAAAAAGGGAAAGGAGAAACAACCAAAAAAAGGGAAAGGAGAAACAACCAAAAAAGGGAAAGGAGAAACAACAAAAAAAAGGGAAAGGAGAAACAACAAAAAAGGAAAGAAAAAAGAACAAAAAAAGGGAAAGGAGAAACAACAAAAAAAAGGGAAAGGAGAAACAACAAAAAAAAGGGAAAGGAGAAACAACAAAAAAGGGAAAGGAGAAACAACAAAAAAAGGGAAAGGAGAAACAGCAAAAAAAGGGAAAGGAGAAACAACAAAAAAAGGGAAAGGAGAAACAACAAAAAAAGGGAAAGGAGAAACAACAAAAAAAAGGGAAAGGAGAAACAACCAAAAAAAGGGAAAGGAGAAACAACCAAAAAAAGGGAAAGGAGAAACAACCAAAAAAAGGGAGAGGAGAAACAACAAAAAAGGGGAAAGGAGAAACAACAAAAAAAAGGGAAAGGAGAAACAACCAAAAAAAGGGAAAGGAGAAACAACAAAAAAAGGGAAAGGAGAAACAACAAAAAAAAGGGAAAGGAGAAACAACCAAAAAAAGGGAAAGGAGAAACAACAAAAAAAGGGGAAAGGAGAAACAACAAAAAAAGGGAAAGGAGAAACAACAAAAAAAGGGGAAAGGACAAACAACAAAAAAAGGGAAAGGAGAAAGAAAAAAGGGAGAGGAGAAACAACAAAAAAGGGAAAGGAGAAACAACAAAAAAAGGGAAAGGAGAAACAACAAAAAAAAGGGAAAGGAGAAACAACAAAAAAGGAAAGGAAAAAGAACAAAAAAAGGAAGGAAAAAGAACAAAAAAAGGGAGAGGAGAAACAACAAAAAAAAGGGAAAGGAGAAACAACAAAAGGGAAGGAGAAACAACAAAAAAAGGGAAAGGAGAAACAACCAAAAAAAGGGAAAGGAGAAACAACCAAAAAAGGGAAAGGAAAAAGAAGGAAAAAGGGAAAGGAAAAAGAACAAAAAAAGGGAAGGAAAAAAAAGGAAGGAAAAAGAACAAAAGGGAAAGGAAGGAAAAACAACACAAAAAAAUGGAAAGGAAAAAGAAAAAAAGGGAAAGGAAAAAGAAAAUAGGGAAAGGAAAAAGAACAAAAAAGGGAAAGGAAAAAGAACAAAAAAAAGGGAAAGGAAAAAGAACAAAAAAAGGGAAAGGAGAAACAGCAAAAAAAAAGGGAAAGGAGAAACAACAAAAAAAAGGGAAAGGAGAAACAACAAAAAAAAAGGGAAAGGAGAAACAACAAAAAAAGGAAGGAGAAACAACCAAAAAAAGGAAGGAAAAACAACACAAAAAAAAGGAAGGAGAAACAACACAAAAAAAAGGAAAGGAGAAACAACCAAAAAAAGGGAAAGGAGAAACAACCAAAAAAAGGGAAAGGAAAAAAAACAAAAAAAGGGAAAGGAGAAACAACCAAAAAAAGGAAGUGCAGGGCGUUUCAGGAGAGGCCCAGCACCACCACGAGCCACCCCAGGCACCGGCUCGGCCGUGCCCACCCCGCCGGGCGCCCCGCGGCCCCCCACGCUCAGCGCUGGGGCUGCGGCACAGACACCGCGGCCCUGCCGCAGCCUCCCCGGGCAGAGCUGCCCCGCGGGGCUCGGCCUGAGCCCGGCAGCAGCCUCGGGGAAGGCAGA